GGCAUGGCCGCGCGCGGCCGGCGCGCCUGGCUCAGCAUGCUGCUCGGGCUCGUGCUGGGCUUCGUGCUGGCCUCGCGACUCGUCCUGCCCCGCGCCUCGGAGCUGAAGCGAGUGGGCCCGCGGCGGCGCCCCAAUCCCGAGGGAUGCCGGCCAGGACAGGCGGCGUCGCAGCCCGGCGGUGCUCGGGGCGAUGCGCGCGGGGCGCAGCUCUGGCCGCAGGGCUCGGCCGCGGAGGGCGUCCCGCGCGACAGGAACUUUCUUCGUGGGAGCUGCAUGACCGCCCAGAAAUACCUGCAGACCCGCGCCGUGGCUGCUUACAGAACAUGGUCCAAGACAAUUCCUGGGAAGGUUGAGUUCUUCUCUAGUGAGGGUUCAGACACAUCUAUACCCAUUCCAGUAGUGCCACUGAGGGGCGUGGACGACUCCUAUCCCCCACAGAAGAAGUCUUUCAUGAUGCUCAAGUACAUGCACGAUCACUACUUGGACAAGUACGAAUGGUUUAUGAGAGCAGAUGAUGAUGUCUACAUCAAGGGAGAUCGUCUGGAGAGCUUUCUGAGGAGUUUGAAUAGCAGCGAGCCCCUCUUUCUCGGGCAAACGGGACUGGGCACCACCGAAGAAAUGGGGAAACUGGCCCUCGAGCCUGGAGAGAACUUCUGCAUGGGAGGACCUGGUGUGAUUCUGAGCCGGGAAGUGCUUCGGAGAAUGGCACCACACAUUGGCAAGUGUCUCCGGGAAAUGUACACCACCCACGAGGAUGUAGAGGUGGGGAGAUGCGUCCGGAGAUUCGCAGGCGUGCAGUGCGUCUGGUCAUAUGAGAUGCAGCAGCUUUUUUACGAGAAUUAUGAACAGAACAAGAAAGGGUACAUUAGAGAUCUCCAUAGCAGUAAAAUCCACCGAGCGAUCACUUUACACCCCAACAAAAACCCGCCCUACCAGUACAGGCUACACAGUUACAUGCUCAGCCGCAAGAUCGCUGAGCUGCGCCAUCGCACAAUCCAGCUGCACCGGGAGAUUGUCCUGAUGAGCAAGUACAGCAGCACGGAAAUCCAGAAGGAAGACCUCCAGCUGGGCAUCCCUCCCUCCUUCAUGCGCUUUCAGGCCCGCCAGCGAGAGGAGAUCCUGGAGUGGGAGUUUCUGACUGGGAAAUACUUAUAUUCAGCCACGGAAGGCCAGCCUCCCCGGAGAGGGAUGGACUCAGCGCAGAGGGAGGCCUUGGAUGACAUUGUCCUGCAGGUGAUGGAGAUGAUCAAUGCCAAUGCCAAGACCCGGGGCCGCAUCAUCGACUUCAAGGAGAUCCAGUAUGGCUACAGACGCGUGAAUCCCAUGUACGGGGCAGAGUACAUCCUGGAUCUGCUGCUCCUGUAUAAGAAGCACAAAGGGAAGAAGAUGACGGUCCCUGUGAGGAGGCACGCGUACCUGCAGCAGACCUUCAGCAAGAUCCAGUUUGUGGAGCACGAGGGCCUGGAUGCACAAGAGCUGGCUGACAGAAUCAACCAGGACUCUGGGUCCCUGUCGUUCCUCUCCAAUUCCUUGAAGAAGCUUGUUCCCUUCCAGCUUCCUGGAUCCAAGAUGGAGCAUAAAGAGCCCAAAGAAAAGAAGAUAAACAUUCUGAUCCCUUUGUCUGGACGCUUCGACAUGUUUGUGAGGUUCAUGGGAAACUUUGAGAAGACGUGUCUCAUUCCAAAUCUGAACGUGAAGCUGGUCAUUCUGCUUUUCAAUUCUGACUCUAACCCCGACAAGGCCAAGCAGGUCGAGCUGAUGCGAGAUUACCGAGUCAAGUACCCUAAGGCUGACAUGCAAGUCUUGCCUGUGUCUGGAGGGUUUUCGAGAGCACUGGCCCUAGAAGUAGGCUCUUCCCAGUUUAGUAAUGAGUCUCUGCUCUUCUUCUGUGAUGUGGACCUGGUGUUUACAGCGGAGUUCCUACAGAGGUGCCGAGCCAACACUGUGCUGGGCCAGCAGAUCUACUUCCCAAUCAUCUUUAGCCAGUACGAUCCAAAGAUUGUCUAUAGUGGGAAGGUUCCCAGUGACAACCAUUUUGCCUUUACUCAAAGAACCGGCUUCUGGAGGAACUAUGGGUUUGGCAUUACUUGUAUCCAUAAGGGAGACCUUGUCAGAGUGGGAGGCUUCGAUGUGUCCAUCCAGGGCUGGGGGCUGGAGGAUGUGGACCUCUUUAACAAGGUCGUCCAGGCGGGAUUGAAGACAUUCCGGAGCCAGGAGGUCGGGGUUGUUCACGUCCACCACCCUGUCUUCUGUGACCCGAAUCUGGAUCCCAAACAGUAUAAAAUGUGCUUGGGGUCGAAGGCGUCAACAUUCGGGUCCACGCAGCAGUUGGCUGAAAUGUGGCUGGAGAAGAAUGACCCCAGUUACAGCAGAGGUGGCAACGGCUCGGCCAGGACAGUCUGACUCCGGCCCGCUGCGAAGGACAGUUUUAAUUGCCUAAUUUAUUUUUAAAAAAUUUUUGUAUAAUCAGUUUUUGAAGUCCAUACAAGGAUAUAUUUUCCAAGUGGUUUUCUUACACAGGACUCCUUUAAGAUUGAGCUUUUUGAACAAAAAUGUGAUCAAUGUUUGCCUUUGAACACACCUUGCUGAACACUAUGUAGCACCGGCUUAGUCCUGACUUGAAGCCCACCCGAUGAACAAAACUUUUCUAUAAGAAUUUUUUGGUCUUUGAUUUUUACAUUUCUUUUCCAGACAACUCCCCUUUUCCUCUCUAGUCCUAAGGCAGAAAAACGUGAACAUUCCUAAGAAGUAUUAUCGUGAUAAGAACACUGUAACCCUGGUGGAUGUCCUGUUGAGACUGUUGACCUGUCUCUGGUAAAUGUCCUGUUGUGACUGUUAACCUGUUGCCUUUGCACAAAUUCUACCUUUUUCCUGUUUGGUUUUUUUUUUUUUUUUUUUAAGUUUUUUUUUUUUUUAAAGCCAUCCUGAGUUCCAGUCACAAAGUAAAGAGAUGUGAUAGUGGUUGUACUGUCAUUCUCUCCAGGAGAGCCUUCCAAAUCUGAUUACUUCCCCACUGUGCUCCACCCACCACUGUCACAGGUUUUUCCCACCCAGCCCGUGGUGGUGGGGGGAUGGAGGAAGGCACGCAUGUGCUGACCCCUCUCUAAUCCUGUGACCCAAACGGACCUGGCACUGAAGUCCAAGAAGGACUCGGCAUUUUCUCUGCCCUGCCUUUCUCUGUAGAGGGUACAGUAUUAUUAGGGUGACAACAAACGGCUGUUAGCAGUAGAAUGAAUGCAAGCUAAACAGACAAACCCCUGACGGACGUGUGAGGGAAGUUGGCGCUUUGUUCUCUGUCCUGUGUUGUGGAUGGAGAUGACUGCUCCAUUUUUUAAUUACUGGUUUUUCUAUCUUGUUAUCUGCAAUACCUUUAAUUUAUUUAAUACCAUUGUUUAGAUCUCUGCCAUUUUGAGUACUUGUCAGUCACUAGUAUUUAUGUGUACCAUGAGUGUGGUUAGAACGUUUUAUUUGCAGUAAACUGAUCUCCAAAGAUUUCCUUUUGAAAACACUUUUCCCUCAUCCUUAAUUUUUACAUUCCCGUCUUACUAAAGAUUAAGUGUUCUUUGAUAAUUUUGGUGCUCAUGUGUUUUGGGGACAAAGGUGAAAUGAGUCUGUUGUUAUACCAGAGUGUUUGUUUUCAACUCACAGAUCCAAUGUGCCUUAAUAAUUUGUUUUCAUUUAGAGUUCAGACAGUUGAUAGAGUUGCCAUUUUUAAUAUACAUCAUUGGAGAUCUGCUUAUCUGUAAAUAGCCUGUUGCACAUCCGAACAAAUAAACCAGUGGACAGUAUUUUUCUAUUGUACUUUGCAGACCCGUUUUGUCUCAUUAUUUUGGUGUUAGUUGAAGACUUGAAUUACAUUUGGAGAGUAAAACACUGAAGCACAGAC